GGCCGUUCGUCUUACAAGGCAGUAGAAAUGCUGCAAGUAAGAAUGCUAAAGCUAGGAUGCUAAGAAUAGAAAGUUGUCAACCCUUUACAAUGAAAUAAAUGCCUUCUAUUUAUACCCACCAAUGGGCAGGUGGCUAUACUGACGUGGCAGCCUGUGGACCGCUGGUCCCCCAACCACCAAAUCUUCAGCAUUAAAUGCACUUCCCGCCAGAAUCUAGGUUUCCCGCCUAAUUAGUGGGGACGUUCGUCCGGCCGGGAAGUGAGUUGGAUCGCUCCAAGUGACCCUCAAGAAAUACUGGCUGUUCGUCUCCUGGCCUUGAUGGAUAAUCACCAUGUGGACUGGAUUUCCUCCGCUGACUACAGGCUUGCUCCGGAGACGUUCGUCGUCAUCCCUGGUGGCACGUGGUCCUGCUCCUUGUCUCUGUACAGACGUUCGUCGAGAGGAGCCGUUGGGCCUGAACCCCCAACCCCAGACGCUCGUCCCUCCUCAAAGAACAUGGGCCUGCGGGCUAGCCUUGUGCUCUACCUGGACGUGCGUCCGGUUAGGAGGGGUUAACGGGCCGGACCUCGGCUUGGGCCAUUAACCCAACACAAGUCCCCCACUUCUGAUGUUCUGAGCAUGCGCAGGACAUAAGGAAGUAUGAACCCCCUCGCAGUAGACGUUCGUGUCUUGAUACUUGUGUUUACUGCAUCCGGUGGGAGCGCACGCUCGUGGUUGUGGUGCUUGACCGCUGUCGACGGUUCAGGAAACGAGGUGAUGGCUGCUGUAGCGGCGGUGCAUUUUCCCGAGGAAGUGUCAUCAUUACGCUUCCAUCCCACGCACGGCGCGUGAGCCGGACCACGCUCCUUGCUACGCGUCAACCCCUCGUUGGCCCCUUAACCGGUGUUUCCCCUAUAAAUGUCGGGUUUUCCCCCUGAAUUAGGGUUCCCAAUUUCUGCUCCCUUGCUUUAGAAUCCCCGUUGUUCUUCGAGUUCUCUGUUUGGCUUCUGAGUUCAGCUAGUCUCUUUGUAAGGUAAUUUCCCUCCUCUGCUUCUUUUCUUUGUUCUGACUCCUAGCCGAAAUGACUUCGAUGGAGAUUUCGUCAAGUUCUGAUUCCGGUUCGUCGGGCUCCUCUUCUGACGACGUGAAUGCGCGCUCCCCGGGAAAGGCCAGUGUUUCUGGGACUUCUGGUUCGGCCACGACGGUGGGGACCAUCCGGGCUGAUGGCGAGCUGGAUGACGCUUCCCAAGGUAGUGGGAGCGACGUCGGGGACGGGGACGCCGAUGGGGCAGUGGAUGUUAUUGAUGCAGUCCCCCUGAAUGAGCGCCCCGCUAAUUAUGACUCCGGGGAAGAGGCCGAAUCAGGUUCUGACAUGGAGGUGCAUGAUCUGGGCAUCCCUACGGACAUGGAGCGCCACAUUUGUCCGAUCAGAAGCGCCAUUGACCAUGAUCAAGUCCUCUCCCGCGUGGCUCUUAACAAAAUCCGCACUUUCUUCCCCCCGCCGUUCGUCUGGAGCGUGAGAGGCGCCGAGCACGUGAUGAGGCGACGUCCGGGGAUGAUCAUGCUUCACCUGGACUCCGUUGAAGCCGGGCUGCGGUUUCCACUUCAUGCAUUCUAUGUGGAGUUCUUCCACUGCUUCCAGGUGGCCCCGGCGCAGUUCAUGCCAAACUCUUAUCGGUUCAUAUCGGCCUUCUUGGUGCGUUGCAAGCUUGCAGGAGUCGAUGCCACCUUGGAUCUGUUCCACUACUUCUUCCGGAUCACCCCUCAGAACUCCGACGGUUAUCUGAGCGUGGCCGCUCGUCCGGGGAGGAGGCUGUUUAAGAGCUACCCCUCCUCCAUUCAUGACUGGAAAAACCGGUUCUUCUUCCUCUGCUAUGACGGUCCUCCCCUCCCAGUUCGUUGGAAUGGCUACCCCCCGAAGAUAGAGUCGCCGGAGUUGACCGAUGACCUGAGCGAGGCCGUGGAAGACAUCCUGCAGGGCGGCAUUCGCCCCAUAGCCGGCUAUCUGACCUUCGAGGCACUCUCGGGGGCAGGCAUAGGUACCGCCCGUGUCCUUGGACUCUUUCCACCCUUCGACGCUCGUCUCGGGGCACCGGGCGGUCCUGUCCUUCGAGGUGAGUGUCCUAUUAUAUUCUCCGCUCGUCUUUUAACCCUUUAUUGUUUCCUGCAGGUUCUCCACCAGAUCGAGCUCAGAUGAAUCACGCUGAGUGUCUGAAGACGAGGAAGGCCAAGGCGGCUGCUGCUAAGGCCGCAAUGGCGAAGGCCAAGAACGCCCCCGCCUCGGACUCCAACUCCUCGGCUUCUGAUGCUGCCCGACGAACGGCCGAGGGUGAGCAGCACUUAAUCGCCACUAUGCUGGCUCAGGGUUCCGGGGCCCCUGCUCUUGAAGCUGCCCUCCCGCCACCGGUAGUCCCCACGAAGGCGGCUCCUCAGAAGGGGAUGGAGAAGGUCCCCGAAAAGAAGCUGAAGAGGGGCCACGAGGCAGGCUCCACCGGCCCCGUGCUUGAAGAUGCCGGCUCCCUGCCUUUGAGCCGUCCGGCGGAAGAGCUUUGGAGGGAGAUGACCCUCAAAGCCGGUCUCGAGCUGCCUCGCCGUUCGUCGUCCGAGGCGACCAGUGCUGCCCUGGCAGCCGCUCUUCAGUCUGGGCUUCUUGUCCUUCAAGCUGAAGCUGCCAGGGAGGCCGACCUGAGAGAGGUCAAGGCCAAGGCCGAUGCGGCUGUUGCUACGGCCCGGGAGGCCGCUCGCCGAGCUGAGGCGGAGGCUGCGGCCAAGGGAAGGGAGACUGCAGCCCUGCAGGCUGAAUCUCGUAGCCAGUUGGCCGGUCUUGAGAGAGUCGGCUUUAAGCUUGUCCCGGUGCUCCCUGCUGCCAAGGAUGCCACUCCGGAGUGGCUGGUCGACACCUCCGGCUACAGGAACACUGGGGAGUUUAUGGACUCCGCCAAGGAUUACUGCGUCGGGGCCUUCGGCGAUGUGUUCUCUGCGGCGCUGGCGAAGAUUCCGCCCCGACAGCGUCUGGCGUGCGGCGUCCGGAUUUUGGAGAGCUCCCCCUGUCUCACAAGUUCCUCUAUGAGGUCGGCGACAGCACCUUCGCCGCUGGCUACAAUGAGGGGGUUAAGGCCACUCUUCCUAUUUUCUCGAGGUUGCAAGGGGCCGAUUUUGAGCUGGCUGCCAACACUGACGGCGAUCUGCUGCUCCAAGCCUUAGGGAAGCUGGGGAGGGAUCAGCGUCGAGAAGAGGCCAAGGCCAGAGGGGAAAUCCCGAUUUUGGUCCUAUGUUUUCAUAGGAUCAAUGUUGGGUGUCUUGGACAAAUAUACCCUUAUAGCUAUUAAAAUGUUUUAAUUCAUAAUAAAAUAAUUAAAAAAUAAUAAAAAUUCAUAAAAAAAAUACCAAAAAAUUAAUAAAAAAUAUUUUAAAUAAUAAUAAAUUCAAAAAUAAAUUUGAAAAAAAAUAACAAAAAAAUAAAAAAUCGCCGCCCCCUCUGCCGCCCCAGCACCACCACCUCCAGUCAUCUGGGAAAAAAAUGUCAAAUUAAUUAUGAAUCCCAUAUUUUUGUCAGAAGUGAGAAUGAUUCAAGUUCGCAGAAUGUUCCAAGUUGGCAUUCUCAAAGAGAAAUAUGCUAUUUUUUUGGCAUUUUCAAGAAAAAAUGGCGUUUUGUUUAGUAAAUAUGUCAUUUUUAACGGGCAGAGGUGGUGGUGCAGGGAGGCGGUACCACCACCUCCUGCCACCGGGGGGAUGCCAAAAAUAUUACUAAUGCCAUAUUUUUGGCAGAAGUCAAAAGGAUUCAAGUUGACAUGAUGAAAAUGUUGGCAUUCUCAUAAAGUAAUAUGCCAUAUUUUUGGAAUUUAAAAAAAAUGGCAUUUUUUACACCGAUCAAAGGUGGUGGUGCAGGGAGGUAGUACAGGCGGCGGGAAAG